AUGAGAAAUCAUGCCACUACAGCCAUGCUAGUCGAGGAAGAUUCAAACAACCGGCCAGAGCCAGAAUCCAGUCCUGAGUCCGAUCCGGACAAGGGCCCAAGCGCAAACAAUGAGUAUGAGAAUAAAAUUGAGAAUGAGAACAAGGAAGUGCAGCAAUUGUUGAUACAGAUCCGCAAGGACGAACAUCUCCUCCAAGAAGCCGGCGCAAAACACGGAGACGUUGAUGUCGCAGAGAAACUUCUAGCGGAGGGCGCAACGCUCGACUGCCAAAGUUCCAACGACGCAGACCGCACGCCGCUGCAUAAGGCCUGCGCUACUGGGACGGUGGGCAUGAUCCGGUUUCUGGCCUUACAAGGCCACAGCAAGGGAGGCCAGGUUGUGAAUAUGGAGGAUUCGAAUGGGGCGACACCGCUGCAUCUUGUUGCAGGGAGGGAUUGGGUUGAGAUGGAGGGCGGGGAGGAGGGGGAGGAAGAUGGGGUUAGCGCCGCGAGGGAGUUAUUGCUGCAUGGUGCGAGUAUGGGCAGGCAGGAUGGAGCGGGCAGGACGGCUCUGCAUAUAGGGGCGAUGGCGGGGAAUGCGAAGAUAGCGAAGUGCCUUAUGGGGAUGCAUGCUGAUGUUGAUACUGGUGAUGCGUUUGGGAAAAGGGCUUUGCAUUUGUGUUUUUAUGGAGGGAGCGUGGAAAUGGUACAUGGUCUUCUUCGGCAUGGGGCAUUCAUUGACGCGAGGGAUUUCCGGGGGCGGACGGCGCUGCAUGAGGCUUGUCGACACGGUUGGACGGAGGGCGUCGAGGCGUUGUUGUGCCAUGGGCCGGAUAUCUCCCUGCAAGACUACGAUUGGCUGACGGGGGCGCAACUCGCCAGGGCCGCGGGGGCUGAUGACAUCGUGGAGCUGCUUGAGGGCAGGGUAGAGACACGGCCAUCAUACCAUCGUGUACGACCGAUCGAGACGAGUCAACACACGGCAGAAGCGCCAGAAGCCUCAGCCUCAGCCUCAGCCACAGAUGCAAGACCGCAAUCGCAAGGCAGUAUCUGGGCCGGGGUGAGCCGCGACAACGGAGACGGCUUCAUGCUCGCCAGCUACAACAAGCACGAUAUCAGCUUCGCCGCGAAAAUCGAGUCCAUCUGCCCCUGCGUCCACGAGGGGAAGGAUAUGCACGAACUCCAGAUCAAGCUCAACUUCAUGCGGCCGUACUCUAUGGACCACCGCAUUCGCUAUGCAAAGAUUGAUGCGAUGCUCGGGCCUGGCUCUACAGGCGACGCCCCCAAUAUCCGCGGCAUCAUGCCCCAGGCGGAUCGAGUAGAGGUCUCCGAGCAGGAAGUGUCGUCAGGGCAAAAGUUCACUCUCGGUGCUGCCGGGGGCGGCGGUCCAUCGAAUCUCAAUAUUAGCUUGGAGGGCUCCAAGAACAAGACGUCAACAUUUAAAGGGGUACGGAUUAUCCACGGCGCUAUCCAGGACAGCACGCACGCGUCCUGGCGAUUGUACGAAGAACCAGGGAGUAGAAGUGGACUGCCCGAGAUCGUUCGACUUCUCUUGAUUGUCCACUGCAAUGCAGACUUCAAAGUCCAGCUUGGUCUCUCUGUCACGGCCUGCCAUUUCCUGACAUUCGGGAUCCCUCGCACGCUGAGAGCGCCAGCUGGCCUGUCAUAUACAGUGCCCAAGCUGAGCGUCAUCGCUGCAUACGAGCAAGAAUCCCGCCUCAAGCAGGUCCUCGACGUCGCAGACCGCGCAGCAACAGUUGUUGAGGAAGCGAAAAGGCUACAGGACAUGUUCACCCAGGCCAUGCGAGGGCAUGAAAAGCGAGGCCUGAUAAUGGAGGCAGGCAGUAAAGAAAACCACCUCCAAGAGUGGACGGAUAUCCUCGAUGGCUCCAAGUUAAGCGACUUCAGGGCCCUGCAGGGGAAGUUGUUGGAAAUCGAUGAAAGUCCGAGACGGACUCGUCGGAUUCGUCGGAUUCGGUCGAGGGAACGCAGAUCCUGGGAUGAACCUAUAAGAGAAGAUAUGAGGUAUCUGCGGAGACCAGCGAGAGCAAGCAGCUUUUCUGAGACGGACGAUGAGCGAGUGCGUAUAGAGAGACCGUACCGGGGGAUGUACAGUCGCCGUAGGAGAGACUACUAUGACGACGAGGGCUACGGAGGCGACCCAUACACCCGUCCACGCAAUGCACUCCAGUCCUUCUCUGCUGUCGGUCCGGGGUACCAUGUGUCUCGGUUAGCUUGA